AAUUUUCUUUGCGUUCUUUGAAGAAUGUGAAAACGAACCCAUAACAAGGACUUCGUGUAUCUCCAUCCACAUUAUGAUACAUUUACCUGCAGAGUGUGACGUGGUACAAACUUCCUCUGCGUAUUAUAUAUGAAAAGUCUCCCGGAUAACGAGAGGCUUGUAAAGAACUACCAACCAAAGAAAAAAGAUGAAGAGGAUUAUCAGUACAGUCCAUGCAGAGCAUUCAAACAUGUCAUGACAGAAAUCAAUGAUUUAGCAGGGCAACAUGAAGUGAUCGCAGAAAACCUCCAGUCCAACGUCAUUCGGGAGGUUUCGAUUUUAGUAAAAGACUUCAAAGAAGAACGAAAAAAACAUUUACAAGAGGGGGCUCGUAUGAUGGCAAACCUGAGUGCCCAGAUUAACUCGUUAGAUAGGGCUCGCAAGAACUAUGAGAAAGCAUUCAAGGAAGCAGAAAGGGCAUUGGAUAACUUUCAGAGAGCAGAUGCAGACUUAAAUUUAUCACGUGCUGAAGUAGAGAAACAGCGGAUGAACAUGACCAUUAAAUCACAGCAGUGUGAAGAAACAAAAAAUGAAUAUGCUAAUCAGCUCCAGAAGACUAAUGAUUUACAGAAUCAGCACUAUCACACGAUGAUGCCAGACGUGUUCCAUCAGCUACAAGAACUGGAUGAGAAGCGAAUAAAGAAUAUCAAGAAUUUCAUGAUACAGUCAGUUGACAUUGAAAGAAAUGUUUUUCCCAUCAUCAGCAAAUGUUUAGAUGGGAUUGUAAGAGCAUCUGAACAGAUAAAUGAGAAGGAGGACACUCUGAUGGUUAUAGAAAGAUAUAAGUCAGGGUUUCAACCACCAGAAGAUUUUCCAUUUGAAGACCUCAGUGCAAUUAAGAGCGGUGAAGUGCCUGCCCCAAUCAACACUGUUGCCAUUACAUCCAUCAGGCCAGAAGCCAUGACAAUUAAAGGUACAAUGUCAGCGGGGAAGAUAAAGAAGAGAGUUGGCAUCUUUGGCAUUUUCAGCUCUAAUAAGUUCAUUGAAGUGUGCAUUGCUUUCAAGAACAACUUCUCUUCAUAUGGGGAAAACAAGGAGGACUAUAGCGACCUUCCACCAAACCAGAGGAAAAAGAAACUGCAAUUACGAGUAGAAGACAUAAUGGCGAAGAUUCAACAAGAGACUGCUGCAAGAGAUGGAUUGAUGAAAAUGAAAGGUGUAUAUGAACAGAAUCCUGCAUUAGGUGAUCCAAUGUCCAUUGAAGGACAGCUAAAUGAGAGUGGCCACAAGUUGGACAAGCUGCGACUAGAGUUGCAGAAAUAUCAAGGCUAUUUAGAAGAAGCAAUUGAGGGCAUUAAUAAUAAGUCUGGACAACAGUCAGUUGUUCUCUCCGUGUCACCUUCUGCUCCAAGUCGACGGAAUAAAGGGACUGCCCCAGGACAUCACCUUAAUGGAGGACAUCUUCAUCGACACCACAGAAAUAGUGGAGGGUCAGGAGGGGAAGAGGAUUCACUUAGUCGCUCAGCUUCAGACUCAAGUGUAUCAAAUCCAACUGUGAACCACAAGCAAUCAGCACCUGGCACGCCCCUUCCAUCACAUGGCUCCUCAAACAGUCCCGAGUCUGGCCUGGGAACGUCUCAUACCAGCCUUCCUGACUCUGAUCCGGAACAUGGUGACAGUGAUGCACAAGGCCACCCUGGCAGUGACUACUGUGAUGGAGAAGUACUCCCUGCUCUUGGCAUAUGUAAAGCACUAUACCCAUUUGAAGCCACAAGUGAGGGAUCCAUACCAAUGCAAGAUGGUGAGGAACUGCACAUCAUUGAGCUUGACCAGGGCGAUGGCUGGACACGAGUGCGGCGACAGAUUGACAUGGAAGAAGGAUUUGUACCCACGUCAUAUAUUGAGUGCACUCUUUUUAAUAGUUGUUAAUGGACAUCCAAUUUAAAAAAGCUUGUUUUAAAUCAGGUUGCACUGGAGUGAAAUCCAGAAGCAAAACUCAACUCGUCCAUAGCAAGUUCCGUUCCAGUGCUCCUCUGUACCGACUUUGAUGGGCAGACGUAUUGUAUAAUGGGUAUAGUUUGUUGGUACAGAUAAGGGAACAGUGAUUGUGGGAUGGGAGCAGUUGCAGUUGGAACAUUUAGGAAUUGGCUGUUGGAAAUAAAAUGAAAAGCAGUUUCUGUGAUGAUUACAAUUUUGUGUCGUGAGUAUUCUGUCACAGGUUUGAAAAUAGUGUAAACUGAGUCAUUAAUAGCGCAAAUGUAAAAUUAGGAACAUUCAUGUCAGAAUUGGUUUAAAAAUUGUCAGUUUUUAUCGCUAUGAAUGUCAAAACAGUUAUUAGUCAGAACUGGGCUGUGCUGUGGCUCAUGUUAACUAAUGCUAAAUAACCAGGAGGUAUAUAGUGUAUAGUUUUAAUGAAGUACAGGUAAGCGCAGGAAAAAUCUCCAUACAGGUAAAAUCCAUAGUCUAUUUGGUAAAGUUUUGACAAACUCCAGUUCUGUUGAUUCAGUUUAGGUGUUCAAAUUUGACCAGGAAGUUUGAUUAUGUCAGUAAUUCAUCGUACCUGUGUCAUGAGAGUUUUCUCAAGGACCUUCCGCAUGUACAUACUUGUGUUAUCCCUGCAGGAUAGAAUUUUUAACAUGGGUUCACAUCUAAUGGAGAUAUUUAAAAGAAAUUAACAUUUCUGGGUUGAAUUUGAAUCACUCUUUACAUAUUGAGUUGUAUUCAAGCUUGAAGAGAGUUAAUUUGUUGAUCAGUGCUCAGGUGUAGUAUAUAGGUUAAUAGUGAAGAGGCUUGAUCAGUCACAAAUAGCUUAUGAAUGGCAGAAUUGGUGGUGGUGGUGUGGGGGGGGGGCUUAGUUUUAAUAACUGUAUGCAUUGCUUCUUCAGUUAUUGAAUCUUGUACCACUCCUCAUGCCCUGUUCUUAAUGUUGAAAACUGGAGUGAAGUCACUGAUAUUUUUAACUCUUUCAAGUAAUUAUGAGAUAUGAAAGAGAUGAUGAAUGUUGAAGUUUAUGCAGUAAGGAAAUGUGAAAUUACUCUGAUAUUUAUAGAUGUAGUUGAUAGCUUAUGAUAGCAAUUAAAUAAGUCCUUAACAAACUGUGUCAAUGACAUGAAAAUGGUGUCCCAUAAAAUUGGUGUCCAUCAUGUACCAAAUGGCAGGAAAUAAUACAUAAACAGAAUUUUCAUGUGACAGGCAUUAAAAGGCAUAAAAUAGAAGCUUAGAAAACAUUUAUUGUGAUGUAGUUUUGAUUUUGUGCCUAUAAUUAGUAUUUCAUUCUGCUAAUCAAUGAAUGUUCAUUUUAUUACAGCAUAUUUCAAUAAAAGUAGGAUAAAUGUGCCAACAGAACAUUAUAGGGUUUGUUGCAAUUUCAUUUGGUACUGUGUGUAUGUGCAACAAUAAGGAGCAUUAUCCAUUAUUUCCAAAUACCAACACACGUAAUUUAGUGAGAGUUCAUAUUUUUGUUGUUUCCAAAGUUUAAUAUAGCUUGCAUAAAUAUUGAUGGUUAAAUUAGUUUGAAAACUACACUUUUAACAAGAUCUUAAACGCGUAAUGGCCAAAACUGAUAUCAUUCGUUUAAAGCUGAAAGUUAUAACAACAUAAUAAAGAUGUUUACACAGCAUUUCUGAAAAGGGCUAUUGGAGAGUUUGCUUUUUGCAUUGAUGAAGUGAGUGGUGUGAGCAGGCAUAUGGCAUUUACUAAACAUGCCUAGCCUUCAGAACAUUUUUUGAAUUUUCCACCAUAAACUGUUUUUAGUAAUUUUAAAAAAGUAUUGUACCUGAGUUUUGACAGAAUAUUUCAACUUGCUUCAGACUUUUAAUUUUGGUUUUGCAUGAUGUUUAUAAGUGGUCGCAAUUUGACCUGGAUCUUUCUUUUCUCAUAAACAGUUGUGUCAUUUUUGCAGUUAUUUUGUGUUUCCCUCUUUAGCCUACUAACUGUACUUUCUGAUGUGUACUUAGUCAUACCACAGUAUGAAACAAUGAUUUAUUGACGUGAUGGAGGCAUGUGUACUGAAAGAUAGGGUAUCAACAUCUUCAGUUAUUUAGAAACCUGGAUGUUCCUUUAGUUUUAUUGUAUGAUAAGAUUAUACAGAAUAGUGUUGCCCCCUCCCCCCCAGAUAACAUACAAACCACAUGGGGUAUAUAACAAUACACUCUCUUUGGUUAGUAUAUUCUUUUGAGUAUCACAGCUUCUUUAUAAUAUGGAACCAUGAGAUGAUAAAAACUGGAUUGGUGUUCCCUUGUAGACUUGUUUUCCAUUUGUUUCUGCUGUGAUUAGAAUGUUAAUUUUAACCUUGCAUGGACUGGCUAUAAUUGGGAAUUUAUUUUUUGUAGAAUUAUAAAUUGUUGUGUAUUGAUUUUUCAGGCUACUGAUUAGCUGAAAGCAUUAUAAUUUGAAUGCACGUAAGUACUCAUGUAACAACUUGAAUUCUAGUUAGGAAGAAUCUUGCAAAAAAAUGUCACAAAAUGUGUUUAAUUAUUAUAUCUUCAAUAAGACACCAUUUUCAGUCAUUCAGAACAGUUAAGAUUCCUUUGUAUAAUUGAUUGUAUUUUGCAACUUACAUUAUGAUUCUUGUUCAUGAAAUGUGUUUUGUACAUACAUCAUUUACAUGUGUGUGAAUGUACAUAUAUCUGUAGCCGAUGAUGGGUGUAUAUAUACUUUGCUAUGAUGAUGGCUGUUUGUAAUUUUUUUAAUUUUAAAGACUUUUGACAUGUGUAUUUAUUGCCAAAAGUAAGUGAUAUGUUCUUCAAAUGAGCAGUUUUAUGUAAACCAUUUUAUAUUGGUAUGAAAGCAACUGCUUAGGAUAUUAUUUUAUUCGCAAAUAUAUUUCUGGUCUCCAUUGUCAGAUAAAAUGUUUUUAUUGGUUUCUGAGAGCAACUAUGUUUAAUCAGUGCUGAUUUGGAAUUUGUUAUAGAUAGGAUUUUUAUUUAUUUUUAUAAAUACAGGACACAUAAUUGCAAAUUUCUUGAUAGUCUGUCAGUAAAAUGUGUGUGUGUACGUGCGCAUGUGUGUGUGUGUUUUUUUUUAGCAACAACUCAUUGCAAUUAUAACUGAUUAUGUUGUUAAAUAUUAAUAAAACAGUAACUCAGUUUAAUAUCAAUACUCUACAUGUUAAUACACUUUACAUGAAUCAAUUAAUAUUAAAAUAUGAAUACAAAUAUAUUGUGUAGCAAUAUUUCAAUUGUAGUAAAUGCAAGUCAAUUGCUGAAGGUAUACACCAAACGGAACCUCGUGGAGUUUAUUCAUGUACUUGCUUAUCUACUACCUGCCAGGUUAAUUGGUUUAUGCUUGAUGGUCUAUUAAUUUUUCUUUUAUUCUUACAUACAAUUUCUCAGUCAAGAUUAAUCUUCAUUAUGUUUUUAACAAUGAUAUGAAAUUUCAGUCCUGUCCAUUUCCUUCAUUUUUAAAUCUUCCACCAUUUGGUAUAAAGUUUUGUGGCUUGUUACCCAUUUUCCAGUUUUGUUUUUUUGUAUUGACCAACAAACUUUAUCAAGGUAUGAUGGAUUGUAAGUAUUUCAUUUUGUCUACCUUGUCUUCCAAAAGCAGGAGGUGUAAGAAAUUUUGUGAGAAGAAAAUUUUCAGACAAUAAUCUCAUUUUGGAACAUCAUUUAUCAGUUGUUGUGUUUGGCAUCAGAGUAACAAAAGCAUCAAAAGUCUUACAACCAAGCACUUGCAUCUUUUCUAAGAGACACUCCCAACAACCAGUCCUCUCCAUCUAGCUCUCUCUUCUCACAGCUCCUCACAUUUUCUUUCCUUUUUAUUGACAUCUUUCCUAACAAGUCUUUUUACAUCUUCAUUUCAGACUACAAUGUGGACACAAUAAAAAUUUGACACAGGACACUGCCUCUUACAUAUUCCAUUAUCAGUCUAAUUGCAAUGCAAAAUCUCCUUGAAGUACAGUCAGUUCCAGCUUGCAGAAUGGCUCCAUGAAUGCUAUGACCAAUCACCGAACACUAAAAGCAACUGCCACAUUUAAUUACAAGUGUAACUAGAUCUCAGCUGAAUUUUAUACACUUACCCCUUUCUCUAAAAGUAAAUAAAAUGUAAUGACAUUUUAUGAAGCCAUUUUCAGUAAAAUGUCGCUUCAUUCAAAUUUGUUCUAUAUAAACUAUUCUUUCCUCACAAUUUCAAGGCCUCUGUGAGAGUUCAUAACUUAUAAACUGUUAAGUGAUUUUAGUUUUAAGCAGACAGUCUUAAAAAAAUGUUUACUCAAGGACAGGAAAACUGUGAAAUAUUUCUCUUGUAGUUACAUUGUUUUAUAUUACUCAUAAGAGAAAAUAAAGCUCAUUUUGUGAAUAAUUUGAGUGUAAUAAACAUGUUGAAUGAAAAAAUAUAUGUAAUGAUUGUAAUUAAAUUAAUAACAUUUGUUUUUAUGUUUCUGUGCCUUUAUAGUCUAUAGCUUUUAAAUAGUUGAGUAUGAAAGAAUACAAGUUGUCUGAUCAGCAUCAGCUUUUUUCUUUUUAUGCUUUUUUUUCAGGACUGGAGUACAAGUUGUGAGAAAAAUUUUGUAUCUUUGUAUAAUCAUUAAUUCUUCCUGUAUGGCCCUUGUAAAAAUGUGCUACUGGUGGGUGAUGCAGCAGCAGCAACACAAAAUACACCUAUAAAUGUUGAA